AAGGAGGACGAGUGGGCGGUGAUGGAGCGCCUGCACGAUGUGGACGAUGCACUGCGCCGCGAGGUUCCUGAGCCCGCACACGCGUUUCCAUUUGAGCUGGACACUUUCCAGAAGGAAGCGAUAUACCGACUUGAGCGCAACGAAUGCGUUUUCGUCGCCGCGCACACGUCCGCAGGUAAGACAGUUGUGGCGGAGUACGCCUUCGCGCUCGCAACAAAGCACUGUACACGUGCCAUCUACACGUCACCAAUCAAGACCAUCUCCAACCAAAAAUUCCGGGAUUUUGGCAAGCAGUUUGAUGUCGGCCUCCUGACGGGAGAUGUCAGCAUUAAGGCGGACGCGCCCUGUCUCAUAAUGACCACCGAGAUUCUGCGAUCGAUGUUGUAUCGCGGUGCGGACCUCAUCCGCGAUGUCGAAUGGGUAAUCUUCGAUGAGGUGCACUACGUCAACGAUGCUGAGAGAGGUGUUGUCUGGGAGGAGGUGAUCAUCAUGCUUCCUGCUCAUGUUGGUCUGGUGCUUCUGUCCGCCACCGUACCGAAUGUAUGGGAGUUUGCGGACUGGGUUGGUCGUACUAAGCGAAAGAAGGUUUUUGUUACGGGCACGACGCGGCGUCCUGUGCCUUUGGAGCACAUGCUGUACUUUGGGGGCGACAAGGAAGAGGACUUUUACAAGAUUGGAGAACGGGAACAGUUCCUGCCUGGUGGGUACAAGGCUGCUACAGACGCCCUCAACAAAAGCAAGAAACCGUCGACGUCAUCCGGUGGUGGACCCGGUGUCCCUGGUGCUGGGCGAGGCAGUGGAAGAGGCGGUGGUAGGGAUGGAGGCCGCGGCGGGUACGGUCGUGGUGCGGGCAACUCGGGUAACAAGCAUCCAGGUCGCGGAAGCGGUGGCGCUCCAAACACCGGUGGCGCGAUGGGCGUACGAGGUCGCGAUAAGUCCGUCUGGGUCGAGCUUAUUCGAUGCCUGGAAAAACGUGAGCUGCUGCCUAUGGUGGUGUUUGCUUUCAGCAAGAAGCGAUGCGACCAAAUGGUCGAUUCCCUAACUGGGAUGGAUCUAACGGCGGGUGCAGAGAAACAUGAGAUUCACAUCUUCUGUGAGCGAUGUCUCUCGCGCCUCUCCCCCGCUGACCGUCAGCUUCCUCAAGUGUUACGCGUGCGCGAACUACUCCGUCGUGGUCUUGGCGUCCAUCAUGCAGGUCUCCUCCCAAUCAUGAAGGAGAUUGUCGAGAUGCUGUUCUGUCGUGGAUUGCUCAAGGUACUCUUCUCCACUGAGACAUUUGCGAUGGGUGUCAACGCACCCGCACGUUGUGUGUGCUUCCAGGAUCUUCGUAAACACGACGGUCAAGACUUCAGAGGAUUGCUUCCAGGCGAAUAUACCCAGAUGGCUGGUCGUGCUGGUCGACGAGGGUUAGACUCAGUCGGCACAGUCAUCAUUGCUGCAUGGGAUAACUUCCCCCAGGAGUCCACUGUCCGCACACUGCUCUCAGGCAAGGCAACCAAACUGGAGAGUCAGUUCCGACUUACUUACGGAAUGAUUCUCAACCUCAUGCGCGUGGAAGAUUUACGAGUUGAAGACAUGCUGGCUAGAUCGUUUGCCGAGUUCCAUGCCCAGCGAAGUGUCGGGGACAGGCGUGGCGCCCUGGCGCUGGAUGUUGCAGCGCUGAAGCGGGUCAACGAGUUGGCUGCGGCGGAGGAGGCUGCAGACCCGACCGGUUGGGCCGCAGCUGUCGCGCACGAGAGUGCAAGCGCGGCUGUUCGUGCGGCUGCAGCUGAGGUACGCGCUGCGGUGCUGACGAGUCGCGGGGGUCAGUCGGCUAUGAGCAUCGGGCGACUGCUCCUCAUCGCUGGAGGUGGAGAGGAUGGAGUGGGAGACCUGCCGCCGGCAGAAAAAGGAGCAGACGGUGAGAUACCUGCAGAAGUCAAACCUUCCGGCGCCCUCGGUGGUCGUGGAGGUAUCGACAAGCACGGAGCAUUGCUUCGCAUAGUUAGCGCUAACAAAGGCGGCAGCGGAGGUUUUAGCUCUUCUGCCACCGAGGACAGGAUUGAUGGACCGAUGCCUCUUGGUUUACCUUGGCGGCUUCAAUCUGGCGGCAUGGAUUAUGUCAUCGCCGCUGUGCGUGCUGACAGUGUGCUUGCUAUCACUGAAGCCAAAAUUUCAAUCGACGCCAGUGCAGUCCUGACCACACCGGGUACGAGCGGUUCCCCAGCACCUGCAGCCGCAGCUGCCGUCGCGCGCGCCCUCUCCGAGAUUGAAAGAGUUCUCAGCAACGGCACCCCCGCCGCACUUCAUCCCGUAAAGGACCUCAAACUUCAGGAUCUCGCUGCGGUAGAGGCAUGCCAUGCGCACGCCAGGCUGGUCGCCGCGGUCCCUGCACUUCCUUCCUCUGUCGCGCCUCGUUUGCGCGCAUGGCACGCGUUGCUCGACGCGCGCCGUGCACUUUCCAAGCGCGUCGAGGAGCUUGAACACGGUCUGAGCGACGCGAACUUGCAGCAGAUGCCGGACUUCGAGACGCGCGUUGAGGUGCUCCAAUCGAUGGGAUAUCUUGAUGAAGAUCGCACUGUUACGCUGAAGGGGCGAGUUGCGUGCGAGAUUGCCACCGGCGAUGAACUGGUGGGCACGGAGAUUAUUUUUGCGGGUGUUCUGACAAACAUCUCACCGGAGGAGGCAGUGGCACUCCUCGCAGCCUUGGUGUUUCAGGAGAAAAAUUCGAGUCCACCUGAACUUCAUGGGUCGCUCCUUGAGGCAUGCGAAAAUGCAAAACAGUUGGCAUUUGCUGCAGGUGAGGAACAGCUGCGCAGAGGCCUUCCAGUGGCACCGGAUGAGUUUGUCACUGCGACGCUUCGAUUCGGUCUAACAGAAGUCGUUCACGAAUGGGCCAAGGGUACGAAGUUUGGCGACAUCUGUCAGAUCACAGAUGUUCAAGAGGGUUCGAUCGUGCGGACUAUCGUGCGACUCGAUGAAAUGUGCAGGGACGUGCGUAAUGCUGCAAGGAUUAUGGGAGAUUCUGCUUUGUACGAGAAGAUGGAAUCAGCUUCGACAGCAAUCAAGCGUGACAUUAUCUUCAGCGCAUCUCUGUACGUUUCUGGU